AUGAACGUCAUCAAGGGCGACGCGGUUAUGCGCCAGUACCUAACAACGCCCAACCAGACCCUCACUGCUUUCCCCACCAGUGACAAGAACGACACUUUCAUUCAGUCGAUUUUCAGGUUCAUGAUCGUCCCGGGCAAGGCCUGGACCGCCGCCGAGCUGUACGAGGCUGCGCCCAUCUCCCUUAAGACCCUGUAA